UGGCGCGUUCUAACGACCGAGGUGAAUGAAAAAAUUUGGCGGAACGUUAAGGGGGGGGGGAGCACCUUUCACGGAUGAAAUUUUGAAGUUGGAAUAUAUUUUUUUGUUUUAACGCAAUGUUUGGAAAAAUCGAUAUUUUGCAUUGAGAUGUGGUUUCAACUCUACGCGGUAGGAAUGAUGAAGUAAUAUAGAAAACAAAAAUGCAGUGACAGCGCUUUCCGAGGAACGGCAACGGUGAGGUCAGAGGGUGAAGAUGCGAUAUUCCGCAUUACAAUUUGCGAAAAGUAAAGAAUCACGAGGCAAUACUGAAUCAGCGUAAUUCCAAACCGUCUCGUUAAUUUCAACGUCAUCGACUGGUACAUUAUUUGUCAAACUAAUUUUGGCUCGAUAUGAAAAAGUCCUUCUCGCGCUUCAUUCAACCCGCUCGCUAUAUUAUUAACUCUUAUCUCGUAUCGUCAUGUUUUCAAUUUGUGAAAAUUACCAGCUUAACGAUUGGAGCAUUCGAAAGCCAGUAUCUGGCGCUACUUCAAUGUAAUAUUACAUCAUUUCAGAAAAUAAAAAGUAACAUUAAUGGACGCCAGGGUCACUAUUUAACGAAGAUUACAGAUACCAACAACAAUUUUAUUAUGUAUACCGUAUCGAAAGCGAUAACGAUAUGCACAACGACUGCGGACGAGAAGAGUAAUUCCGUCGAAUAUAUAGUCAAUAUCAUACUGAUCUCCGUACAGAAUCGAUUUGGAAUCUUAUUAAGCACUAUGUGGUCUCCGUUCAUCUUCUUGCUUCUCGUACAAGGAUACCUGACAACCGCUGAUCCGAUACCAAGCGUCGAUGAACCCUACAACGCUUUUCGGUGGGUAAAAGAAGCGCUGCUAACCGACUCAAAUAACGAAACGAGAUGGUUGAGAAAAGGAUUGGAGGACAAUUCGGCAGCGACUUCGGCGUGGAUAAAACAGGCGCUAGUCAACACUCGGGAUAUCUAUUCGAACAUGACUGAAGCCAUUAAAAACGUGACCUAUUCUCGUGUUAAAUUGGUAGACGAUGAAUAUUUGUGGUACGUCGAUCAAGCACUGGACGAUAAUCAGGAUGCUGAAACAUGGAAAAGACUGCAGGCCGGAAGAAACGAUACCGAAGAAGCUUUGGAAUGGUUCAGAGGAGCUCUGACCAACGAAACUCAAGAAAUUCUUACGUGGGCGAAAGCUCUGGUAGACGACACCUCGCAGGGUAUUUUUUCAUUCCGAGGAUCCAUACUGACGUUAGCGAUGGAUGCUUACGGCAGAACGUCGUCGGAGGAAUCGAGUGAAAUCAGUUCUCCGGAUGACAAGUUGGCCACAACGUUGUGGGGAAGAUUUUUGCAACUCAAGAACGAGUUGAUAAAGGAAGGUGCGAUGAGCGCGGACUGAAUUUCAACGAAUCACGCGACUUUCUUAUAAAAUAAUGCGAUUCACGAAAUGUUGCGAUCCAAUGUUGAAAUAAAAUGAAAAUUAUUUUA